CCCCUCCCCCCUUUUUUACUAGACGUGCCGUCGGCGUGACAGGUGUGACAAUGUCGCUGCACGUAUAAAAGUGCCCCGUCGCUGGCCUGGGGAUCCGCUCCGUGUCGCUUUUGGCUGUUUUUUGCUGUGUGGUUUGAUUUGCGUCCUUCUUUGCCGUCUCCUUCCCUCCCGCCAUCGCCCAUCUCUCUUGGCCUGCAUAGUCCCCUCUCCACCCGCCCGCCUGCGUUUUUUUUUUUUGUUUUUUGGCUGCGUUUUGACAUCAUGGGCGAAAACACUCCGACACCGGCCUCCCUGCUGCCAGAGCCCCUCCGCGGCGACGCCUCGAUGCUUUCCAAAAAGUUCGGCCCCGAGGUCGUCAACUACUUUGCGGGGAAUCCUCUAAACAGGGUGUCCUUCCUGCGCGGCGACCGCGACUUCCUCAGGGCUGCCUUCGCCCACCCCUCGACCGUCUUCCUCCCACUCGACAGCCUAGCCCCGCUGACGACGGCCGACAAGAAGCUCGCCUGGGUAAAGAGGGAGGAUGUCGAGUGCGUCACCGGGGCGGCGCCCUUCGGCAAGACCGAGGACGAAAUGAUCAGAGACUACAACUCGGAGGAGAAGCACCCAAUCAUCAUACUGCUAGGCAUGGACGACAAGCAGAGGCUCGUGCCGAGGAGCAGUAGCGCCGAGCUUUUCCAACACAACGAGUACAAGGGCACGCCCUACUUCGCCGUCGACAUAACGGCGGACAGGGCGCUGGUGGAAAAACUGCAGGCAAGAGAUGGGCUGUUGUUCCACAAAGACCAACGAAGCAUAGGAUUGGGCCCUGGUGAAGCCGCCAUCUACGGCGCCGCCCGAGCCCUCAUGGCGUGGAACGACCGGAACCCCUUUUGCGCGCAGUGCGGCCAGGCGACACUCCCCGUGCACGCGGGCGCCAAGCGCGCGUGCCCACCAACCGACCUGGCGGGCGGCACCCCGACGGACAGGCGGCCCUGCGCGACGCGGGGCGUGGUGUCCAACGUCAGCUUCCCCCGCACGGACCCGACGGUGAUCGUGGCCGUGGUGGACAGCGCGGGCCGGCGGGCGCUGCUGGGGCGCAACAAGCGAUGGCCGCCGCACUGGUACUCGACCCUCGCCGGCUUCCUCGAGCCGGGCGAGUCCAUCGAGGAGGCGGUCCGGCGCGAGGUCUGGGAGGAGAGCGGCGUCACGGUCGGGCGCGUUGUGCUGCACAGCUCGCAGCCCUGGCCGUUCCCCGCCAGCCUCAUGAUCGGCGCCAUCGCGCAGGCGCUGCCGGGCGACGGCGAGCGCAUCUUCCUCGGCAACGACCCGGAGCUCGAGGACGCCAAGUGGGUCCCCAUCGAGGAUGUGAGGAGGGCGCUCGAGUUCGGCGUCAGCAACCUCGGCCAACCGCCGCCCGACGGCUACAAGGAGGGGGGCCUGAGGCUGCCGCCCGACACGGCCAUCGCCAACCGGUUAUUGACCGCCGUGGUCGAGGGGUACAACGGCACGUUUCCCAAGAUCUGAAUGUCUUCCUUUCCCGUUUCCCAGUCAUGACCUUUCCCCGUUUUUUUCUCCCGGCGUCUGGCAUAGGCAUAGAGGGAUGCAUAGGCAGGUACAGGUAGAUGGGUAGAUAUCCUUAGUACAUGAUUCCCUCUUGAUUCUGCG